AGUAACCCAUAUGGGAGGAAACCAAUCGUAAAUGCUGUGGCAACGCAAUUUACUGCUAGCUUGCCAUCUAUGUUGGCAUGAACAGGAUUUCUCAGAUUGAUCCUGCUUUAAACACGUUCAUGGUACAACGCCGUUAACAGAAGACACAACCUUUCGGGAGAUGGCGUUGUGGGCGCAGACUCAGCAGCUGCAGGGGGAGGCUCUGCACCAGAUGCAGUCCCUCUACGGCCAGCACUUCCCCAUCGAGGUGCGCCACUACCUGGCCCAGUGGAUCGAGGGCCAGCCAUGGGACGCUGUUGACCAUGAGAACACACAGGAGGAGUUCAAAGCCAAGCGCUUGUUGGAGAGCCUGAUCCAAGAGCUGCAGAAGCGGGCCGAGCACACCGUGGGAGAGGAUGGCUUCCUACUCAAGAUCAAACUGGGCCACUACGCCACCCAGCUGCAGACGGCCUAUGACCGCUGUCCCCUAGAGCUGGUGCGGUGCAUCAAGCACAUCCUCUGCACGGAGGAGAGACUGGUGCAGGCUGCUAAUAAUGUGAACUCUAGCAGGGGUGGGCUGGUGGACGGCACCUCUCAGAAGUAUCAGCAGAUCAACCAGACAUUUGAGGAACUGCGGGUGAUGACUCAGGACACAGAGAACAAGCUACGCAAGCUGCAGCACAGCCAAGAGUACUUCAUCAUUCAGUACCAGGAAAGCCUGCGCAUACAAGCUCAGUUGAGUAAUCUGGCCAGCCUGCCCCCAGCGGAGCGUGUGCAGAGAGAGACCACCUUGCAGGGCAAGCGCACCACACUGGACAGCUGGCUGACCCGCGAGGCCAACACGCUGCAGAAGUUCAGACAGGAGCUGGCUGAGAAGCAGCAGACGACGCUGGCCCUGCUACGGAAGCAGCAGACGGUGAUUCUAGAUGACGAGUUGAUCCAGUGGAAGAGACGUCAGCAGCUGGCUGGGAAUGGUGGGCCUGCAGAGGGAGGCCUGGACGUGCUUCAGUCCUGGUGUGAGAAGCUUGCUGACACGAUUUGGCAGAAUCGUCAGCAAAUCCGGCGGGUGGAACAUCUAACCCAACAGCUACCUAUCCCAGGGCCCACCGAGGACCUGCUCAAGGAGCUCAACGCCACCAUUACCGACAUAAUUUCUGCCUUAGUCACCAGCACUUUCAUAAUAGAGAAGCAGCCUCCUCAGGUCCUGAAGACUCAGACAAAGUUUGCGGCGACGGUGCGUCUGCUGGUGGGGGGCAAAUUGAACGUGCACAUGAACCCGCCGCAGGUCAAGGCCACCAUCAUUAACGAGCAGCAAGCCAAGGCUCUGCUCAAGAACGAGAGCACCAGAAAUGACAGCAGUGGGGAAAUCCUGAACAACAACUGUGUGAUGGAGUAUCAUCAGACCACAGGCACCCUCAGUGCACACUUCAGAAACAUGUCUCUGAAGCGCAUCAAGCGGUCGGACAGGCGUGGGACUGAGUCUGUGACUGAGGAGAAGUUUACCAUUCUGUUUGAGUCGCAGUUCAGCGUGGGGGGAAAUGAACUUGUCUUUCAUGUCAAGACUCUGUCUUUACCUGUGGUCGUGAUUGUUCAUGGAAGUCAAGACAACAAUGCAACAGCCACCGUGCUUUGGGACAAUGCUUUCUCUGAGGCCGGAAGGGUGCCCUUUGUGGUGCCUGACAAGGUGCUUUGGCCCCAGCUGUGUGAGGCCCUAAACAUGAAGUACAAAGCAGAAAUGCAGAGCAACCGGGGCCUGUCUGAGGAGAACCUGGUUUUCCUGGCUCAGAAGGGCUUCAACAGCACGGGUGUCAACGCAGAAGACUACCGCAACAUGACCAUGACCUGGUCCCAGUUCAACCGGGAGAGUUUACAAGGCAGGAACUUCACCUUCUGGCAGUGGUUUGAUGGGGUCAUGGAGCUGAUGAAGAAACACUUGAAGGCCCACUGGAAUGAUGGUGCAAUCCUGGGCUUCGUGAACAAGCAGCAGGCGCAGGACAUGCUGCUGUCCAAACCUAAUGGCACCUUCCUCCUGCGCUUCAGUGACUCUGAGAUCGGCGGCAUCACCAUCGCAUGGGUGGCAGAGAACCCCAACAAAGCUGGUGAAAGGAUGGUGUGGAAUCUUAUGCCCUUCACCAGUAAAGACUUCUCCAUCCGCUCCCUGGCUGACCGCAUCAGUGAUCUCAAUCACCUGCUUUUCCUUUACCCCAACCAACCCAAAGAUGAGGUCUUCUCCCGAUACUGCACACCUCCUCUGUCAAAAGCAGUAGAUGGCUAUGUCAAACCAGAGAUCAAACAAGUUGUUAAAGUGGAGUUCUCGUCCCCGAACCCUGAGCCGUCUCCUGGGACUCCGUCCUUCAUGGAACAUGCAGUGUCUCCCACCGUCAAUCAACCACAGACCUUCAACCUCUACCCGCCUGUGGGUGACUCCAUGCUGGAUGCAGAUGGCGACUUUGACCUGGACGAGACCAUGGACAUGGCGCGGCAGGUGGAGGAGUUCCUCAGGCAGCCCAUGGAGACUCGCUGGGGAGGGCAGCAGUCAUGACAACCUUGCAUCAGUAGCACACUGUCCCACCCCAGUGAACUUGUGCGACUCCAAGACCUCUUUCUGACCCAAAAUCUUGUCCAGUGUAUGUACGUCACACCUUUUGAUCUCUUAACUAGCAUGUUCCUUCCUCUAGCCUUUUACCCGAGUCUUUGAGUGUCCAUUGUGCAUCCUUUCUCACUUCUCUCCACUCAACAACACAACUAAGACAAUUGUGAAAAUUGUCGGGAAUUCUAAUUUUUUUUAUGUAUUAAUGUAUUUUUCUGUUUUGUUCUUUAAAUGUGAAGUAGAGGGUUGGAGUCCGACGGUUUAUUGCGAUGAGGCCAGGAAAAGGGAAAUCAACAAAAGGAGAUGUUAAGGAUCCGGUUUCACUUGCACAUGGCAUACCUAGUUACAAUAUUAUAUUGCUUCUGCAGUUUUUAGAGCUUGUCGUAACAACAAUGGUGUAUGACAUGCAACACCAUUUGUCUUCACAGCUGUGUUGGUACUUGUCUGUGAAGUUAUCUCCAUAUUUUUGCCCAUAACAGUUUAUUUCAAAUACAACACACCUUAUGACAUUUUCAAAUUGGAUGCGCUGCGUUCAGUGCUAAUAGUAGUCACCACCAUGCACAAUAGUCAAAGUUCAAUAAUGUUGAACUUUGACUGGGGUGUGUGUGUGAGGGCUAGCUGAGAGGUGGGCUGAUGCCUGUGUCGUGCUUUGUUCAGUGCAGCGGCAAAUUGUUCUUGCGCCCUGCAAGCCUUUGAAAAUAAUGGGUUUCAGAGAGCAGCGUUUCUGUUGUUGUACAUGUAUCCUAUGUGUAAGGCACUUUAGGAGUAACUAAAAACAAAGCACUUGCUUCUAACAGAGUAGAGAAGAAUCAUAUUUUAUUUAAACCGGCCCUUCAUCAGAUCAUUUUAAUGGUUGAGUUUAUUCUUAAUUUGAAAGUACAGUACAGUGGGGUUUUGUUUGUUUGUUUGUUUGUUUGUUUGUUUGUUUGUUUGUUCGUUCUUACACUUUCCAAACUGUAUGGCAAUCCAAACGUCCCUUUAACCUGAAAUGUGCCUGCCCAAAGUCUGGUUUGCAUUCAUCCUCAGUAUCUGUAUAAUUGUCCAGAGCACUUUCUCUCUCCUCACCCCUGUGUGCCUUGAGAGCCAAAGUUUGUCAAGAACUACAACCAAAGUCGAGUUGUCUGAUAUUAUUCCCAUUACAUGCCUUCUUAUAUUGGCAUAUUCUGUGCUUUUUGGCGGAAAUCAUCCUACAUUAUUUUGAAAUUAUUUGCAGUUUGUUUCACAGGAUCUAAAACAUCCUUUGUAAACUUGAUACCUAUCUCACAGAGUGACCAGGUAGCCAUGUUCAUGUCCUCAUGUUGCUGUUCUUAUAAAUUGAGGAAUGAACAAUUUGCACAGUCCUAAAUAAUUGGAAUGAAAAAUGUACUUGGCAGAUUGCGGUUCAUUCUGGGUUUUACCUCACAUUGCGCAACUUUGUUUACUAGUUUGCUGAUUGCUAGUGCCACUGAAAAUAUUGGUGGUGCUCUGCUGCUAGUUCCCAACAGUCUUUGUCUCAGUGUUUCAUUGGAAACAGUUUUGGAUUGGACCGUUGAACUCUAGGUCCAUGAAUGGAAACUACAGCCAUAUGGCGCCACCAGCAGGCCUUAUAGUGCUACUGCAUCUAUGCACUUACACACCAUGCCAGAGUAUAUCCUCAUUGUGAUAUAUGAUGAAGCAAAGGAUUCAGCUGUGAGGUGGCCUUCUGUGUUGGCAAUUUCAUACAAAGUGCAGAAGGGUAUCUUGGUCAGAUCUGCACUCUGGUGGAGGGAGGUCGGUCUUGAAAGUCUUGAGUAGUGCAACAUCUCCCCCCAGAGGCCAGGUCAGGAAGUGCAGGUCCGUCCCUGCAUUUACAGUAGAUGCAUCACUUCUUAGCUGCUCCAUCAACUUGGAAACUAUUAAGCUCAGCACAUGCCUACAAUGUGAGGUCUGUAAUCAGACUAAUUAAAUAAGUUAAGUAAUCGGUACCACAGCCAAAAAUUCUGAUAACUACCCAGUUAUUUUUAGCAAAUGGGUUUCUGUGAUGUUCCCAUUCAAUCUUUUCCAUGUUAUUUUUUUGUGAAGCCAUUUCCCACGUCCAAGUGUUAAUUGUUUAUGAAUGCACCAUUCCUUGAUACAUCACACUCCUGUGAGUUGUCUGUGGAUCACCCCCUUACGGUUAACUUGUGUUUGCAAACUCAUCCAUUUGUAUAUUUGCAGCCUCAGGAAAAUGCUGAUCACUGAUGGAUGUAAGAUAAAUUACCUAAAAGAAAUACCAGUCAACUUUUUAACUUUAGAUUUAAAUUAAUUAGUUUAGUGCUUAUUAUAUUGAAUCAUUUUAUCUAAAUCAUACAGUAUUUUACUAACACAAUGCUUUUUAUAACAGUAAUGUACACAAGCUACUAUAUUUUUUUUGUUUAUGGAUGAGGGCCUGAAUUAGAUGAGUUUUGUUUUCUUGAGAGGGUUGUUUUCUCCUUUGUGUUGUCAUUUGUAUACUUCGUAACAUGUGUUAUUUUUGGCAGAGAAUCAUGAUUUAUAACAGAUUGUGUUACCCUUUUGUUGAUCGAUCAACUCCCCCAUCAUGUGAUGUUUGGGAAUGUCUUGUUUAUUUAGUGUUUAGCAUGUGUUGUCUUGUAAGAUGGGAGAAAACAAAUAAAGUUUUAUAUAUAUUUUA